AUGCCGGAAAAAGCGAGUCAUCCGAAAUAUCUUGAUAUGGUGAAAGAGGCGAUACGGAAGAAUUAUUCUGUGAAGGGCACAAGCCGACAGAAAAUCAAGUCGUUUAUUGAGCAGACGUACCAUAUUCAGGCCCUGAACAGCAUUCUGCGAGCAACACUGGAGAAGGCUGCGACAGAGGGGGUAAUUGAGAAGACGAGCGACGGCUCGCGGUACCGACUCACGAGCAAAGGACGCCUUUCCAUGGAGAAGAAGAAGGAGAAAAAAAUCCGUAAGCCGGCGAAAGUCACCAAGUCGGCGGUGAAGAAGGCGACUACUUCGAAAGCGAAGAAGCCGCGCAAGGCGGCCGUCAAAGUUAAGAAAGUCAUCAAGCCGUCUAUGAAGAAGACUUCGGCUCCGAAAGCGAAAAAGCUGGCAAAGCCUUCCAAGAAAGCAAGCGGUGCUGUGACGAAGAAGAGCGCUGCGAAACCGGCGAAGAAAGUCUCCAUGAAGAAGGCGCCCAAGCCGAGCAAGUGA